AUAAGUAGUUCAACUUUGACAACUUGGCGAUCAGAGAAAAAUCUGGUUGUUAAAAUCAUUAUUCAUUACCAUGUUUCUUGUAUUUUCUCGCUCAAUAAUCCUAAGAAAAUGCUAUCACGCUUACUGAACCCUUGUCUUGAAUCAAAAUCAUCAUUCCUGCUCUACUGCAUCGAUUUUCUGGUGCCAUUUCCAUUUUAGUGAAAAUCAAGUUGAUGGAAUCAAAUUCCUUUCGUAUGAAUUUACUGGACGAAGACAUGGGAACAACACGAGACUGGAGAAAGGCAUUGAAGGCCCAGCCAGCAUACCGGAUAGUCAAUAGAACCAUUAGAGGGCAGACUCUUUUCGUUUACGUUGUAGGUCUCACAGGAGUGUUUCUUUUAAUUUUUUUGUACACAAAUUCCUCCAAAAGAUCAACCAAUAGUAUUCUUAGAAGUAGUGAUUAUAACCAUACAUAUCCUCUGACAAGGCCAAUUAAGACUUCAAGUAUGCAUACUUUUAGAAUAGGUAUCAUUGCAGACUUAGAUACAAACUCAAAAAGCGAAAACGAAAAAAACACAUGGUACUCCUAUUUAAAACUGGGGCAUCUGAGCUAUAAUCCUCAGAAACACACUGUCAUCAUUACAUGGGAUCAAAAAGAGCCUGAGCUAUUGAAAACUAACUAUGCUCUGAAAGGAAGAGGCCUAGAACUCUCAGAGCUGGUCACUUUCAAUGGAAAGUUAUUAACAUUUGAUGAUAGAACUGGUCUAGUUUUUGAAAUAAUCAACUACAAUCUCAUUCCUUGGUUGAUACUCAUGGAUGGAGAUGGCAGGAACCAAAAAGGCUUUAAAUCUGAAUGGGCCACAGUGAAAGAUGAAAUUCUCUUUGUUGGGUCCAUGGGCAAAGAAUGGACAACAGCAUCUGGAGAGUUUCAGAAUCACAACCCACAGUAUAUCAAAACUGUCACAACAAAAGGUCAAGUAAACCACGUGAACUGGGUAUCUGAAUACAACAGGAUAAGGGAGGCAAUCGGCAUCAAGUGGCCAGGGUACAUGAUCCACGAGAGCGGGGUGUGGUCUGGUGUCCAUCAGCGGUGGUUCUUCCUGCCGAGGCGCUGCAGCAAGGAGCCCUACAACGAAUCCGCGGACGAGCACAUGGGCUGUUCUGUGCUGAUAUCGGCCGACCAUCAGAUGUAUGAUCUCAAAGUGGUGCAGAUUCCUAAUUCACGAUCUACCAGAGGUUUCUCUAGCUUCAAAUUUAUACCAACCUCAAACGACCACGUCAUAGUAGCCUUGAGAACGGAAGAACUCGAAGGCAAUACUUCCACCUACGUCACAGCUUUCACGGUUGAAGGAACGAUACUGUUGGACGAUUUGGAGAUAGCUAAUGUUAAGUACGAGGGCUUCGAAUUUAUAUAGCAUUCCUCUAGUCACCAAAAAGGGUUGUCAGUUGCGAUA